AGUAGUUGACUUGGUGGGGGACAUUACCAAAACAACAUUGCUUCUCUGUCCAGGGCAAUGGGGCUACAUUGAGCUACAAAGUUUGAAUAAUGCGUUAAUGUCCCGUAGAGGUCAAAGGAGUGGUCAUAGUGAACUGGGAAGACCUUGGACUGACAACCAACUGAAAGCCAAUCAAAAGGAUGGCCGAUGGUGACAUUGAUGAGCUUGUGGAUGUGGUGGUUCUAUUUCCUCCAAAAUCAACAGACGAAUGUGUCGAGUUCAUAAAGAGGAAGCUAGAAUGCUUAUCGGAAAUCAAGACCAAGGAGAACCGGUUCCAAUCUGGAAAGAGCAACAAGUCUGGGGCGGAACAAGUUGCAUUCACAGUUGUGGUAACAAAUCAAGGACUAUUACGAGGAUUAGAAAUCUUACAAAUCCCAAAGGAGAUCUCACCGAAUGAAGGCGGAGGCUUACGACCAUUUUCGGUCGAUAAGGUGAAUCAGUUUUUAAAUGUGAACGACAAGUGUUUUGCCACAAGUGAGGAGCGCCAAGCUGUGGCAUUUUGGUUUCUAAACUCGAUCCGAGCCGUUGAGGGAGAUUCUCUAGGGUCAUUCAAGUUCCGGAUUGGAGAAGCUAUAAUCCCACGUUGUUUGAACAAAUCGUUUUUGGCUCAAGUUUACCCACUUCACGAUGCCCAAGAUCUCAAAUACCUUCGCUCUCAAUGGGUCAGGAAGUUUUUCUCGCCACAACCACUUGACAAAAUACGCGAGUAUUUUGGGAUCAAGAUUGGCUUCUAUUUUUCUUGGCUCGGCCAUUACACAUCCUCAUUGGCCAUUCAAGCCUUGGCAGGGAUCUUUAUUUCAUGUCUCUCCGACACGGAAGAUGGAGCUUGGGAGAAUGUGUUGUUCAUUUCCUUUGCUCUUUUCAAUGUGAUUUGGUCCACUUUGUAUUUGUCAUCGUGGAAACGCCGCUCCGAGGAGUUGUCUUUUCAAUGGGGCACUUCGGACGAGCCAUGUGAACUCCUUCAAGAUGCAAGACCAAUGUUCAAAGGUGAAGAAGUCGUGAGUAGCAUCACUGGUAAGAACGACUUGCAUUACCCCAAUUGGAAACGGUCCCUAAUACGAUAUUGCGUGUCCUUACCAAUAAUGAUCAUUAGCCUCAUCAUCGUUACCAUCGUGAUGUUCUUCAUUCUCGAGCUACAACAACAAUGUGACUAUCUCAUCAAAUAUGAGGGAUAUGUUACUAUCAUGAAGUAUGUUCCGAAAUUAUUGUUGGCAAUUGCUAUCCCUGCAAUGGAUAGCGUCUAUGGGGAAGUGGCCGUCUUUCUGAAUGAUUUAGAGAACUUUCGUCUAGAGAGCCAAUAUGAGGAUAAUUUGAUAAUCAAACUAGUCUUGUUCCAGUUCGUCAACUCCUUUCUGGCAUUGUUUUAUACGGCAUUCUACCUGCGUGAUAUGGACAAGCUUCGAGAGCUACUGGCCACGUUGCUGAUAACAAGACAAUUAAUUGGAAAUAUGAAGGAGUCUAUCAUCCCGUAUAUCAAGCAACAGUUUAAACAGGCCGAGCCCAAUAUGGCAAUAGUCAAACGAACGAAACAAGCUUACGCCAAGUACAAAAAGUCCGACGGCGAUGAUGAUACGGGAAAAGGUCAACUUGACGAAGGAACCGAAACCAAAAGUGUCCGACGAGUUUCCCAAGCAGAGUUGGAAUGUCAAGCACCCAAAUACGAUGGAACGUUUGAGGACUACUUGGAAAUGUUGAUUCAGUUCGGCUAUGUGGCCCUCUUCUCCUCGGCUUAUCCUUUAGCCGGCUUUUGGGCGUUUUUCAACAACGUAAUGGAAAUCCGAGGAGAUGCAUUCAAACUCUGUUCGGUUCAUCAAAGGCCGUUUGGUGAAAGGGUGCAAAACAUUGGACCAUGGCAGCAAGCAAUGGAACUGAUCGGGAUUAUUGGGAUCAUGGUCAAUUGUGCCUUAAUAGGGAUCUCCAGUCAAGCCAUGUUAAAUCAAUCUGCAGUCGAGUUCAACCAGAAUGUCUUAUUGAUCGUGUGUUUGGAGCACGUGAUGAUCUUCCUCAAGUUGACCCUCUCGCACGUGAUCCCAGAUUCGCCAGUUUGGAUCAUGGAGGAGAAGGCCAAGAUCGAGUUCAGGCGACGGAAACUCGAACAAUCUUUCCUUCAAGAAAAACCUAUCACACCGGCAACAGCCUCUCAAUUAAAGCCUUUGGCUCGGACUAUUAGGAUCGGGGCUCAGGAUCGAGGCACACAAACAGAUGUGGUUAAGAGUUCCAGACAGACUCUCUCCGUCGAAGAGAUUGAAGCCAUCAACUUUCGGAAGAAAGUGAGCAAUUCGGUCUCGGACAUCUUUAAGACCACAUCAGCUCGAGGAUUGAUGGAGAGCGAAACAGCCUUGACACCCAACAAAUUGAGUACCCAUGAUGAGGAAAUCUCGAGCUUGCGUAAGCGAUCUUGUCCCAACCCUCAAUCUACCGCAAUAGCCGAGAGUACAACGAAAACUCACGAGGAUUCGCCCAGAGAUGAUUACUUCAAUGCAAACAGCCCGUUAGUCUUAACCACGAAGGCCGAUGCGGUGGACCAUCAUCAUACUGAUCCACACCCAAGGCGUCUGAAAAUGCGCAUGGCAUCUGACACCAACCUAUUCUCCUCGCUUCGAGUUCAUGGAGACCGAUAUGCCAAGAUUUCCAACAAUUUCCACGAGAACGAGCUCGGCGGGAACCACGUUCCCACCCGGGAGAAGAUCCUAAUCAAUCAAGUACACAUGCCCACCGAAGUUCAACCAAGCACACCCACUCCGGUUAGCCCACCUCUGGCUCUCGAAGACAACAAAGGCCUCAAGGCCAAACGAGCCCUUUUCAGCAAGGGACGAAGCUUGUCUUUGGCCUCGUUUCGAGGUUCGGUUCCCAAAGCUCCUAAGAAAUUUAAGCCCUUCGUGUUGUCUCAAAGUAAAAACGAAGGAAGCCAUCAUUCGCAGGCGAAACUUGAUCCAGUCAUUCCCGAGGAUGAAGCUUAUCUCAUGGAACAUCAGGCGAAAGGCGAGCUGGAUUUGCUGAAUCUAGAAAGUCUGAUCAAUAUGAACGAUGUCAACAAAACAAACACACAUCGACGGCCUAAAAUAGUUCGCACGGAAUAUUGAACCUAGGUUAUAGGCCUUUGAAAUGCAGUAGGCAGACGCUGACCAUAAUCAUCAUUUCUUUUUCCCUCUAUUUUCGCUGAGAAUGCUACAUAAACAAUCAAUUCCACAAUAAUGCACAAUAAAUCCAAAUUCGUUCUAAAGACUGUGUCAAA